AUGCUGUCUUUCUACCGAGGCGCCACUGAGAGCAUCCUCAGCAGCUGCAUCACGCUGCGGUUUGGAAGCUGCACCGCCUCCAAGCGCAAGAGCCUGCAGCGCAUUGUGAACUCUGCCCAGAGGGUCAUCGGUGCCUCGCUCCCAUCACUACAGGACAUUUAUAACACCAGCCUCACUCACAAAGCACUCGGCGUUGUGGGUGACUCCACCCACCCCUCCAACUGCCUCUCCAGCCUCCUGCCUUCAGGGAGAAGGUUCCACAGCCUCCGCUCGAGCUCCACUAGGCUGAGGAACAGCUUCCUCCACCAGGCGGGCUGUUCCCAGUUCCCCCUGCUGGUGGAGUUGUUCCAGGACGGGGAGAAAGCCAUCAGUCCCACGGGCCAGGGCCCCGGCACCGGAGGACGGACCCGCCUCAGCGUCAAACCUGCCAAGGGCCGCGAGAGCAGCAGCAAGGAGAACAAGAAGACCGUCGGCUGCCAGUUUCGUAACUCCCUGGCAAUGCUGAUGGAAACGUUGAACGCAACCACCCCGCACUACGUCCGCUGCAUCAAACCCAAUGACUUCAAGUUGGCCUUCACGUUUGAUCCUAAGCGUGCGGUGCAGCAGCUCAGAGCCUGCGGAGUCCUGGAAACCAUCAGGAUCUCUGCUGCAGGGUUCCCCUCCAGAUGGACGUACCAGGAGUUCUUCAGCCGUUACAGAGUGCUGAUGAAGCAGAAGGACGUGUUAACUGACAAGAGGUUGACCUGCAGAAAUGUUCUGGAGAAACUGGUGGAGGACCAGGAUAAAUAUCAGUUUGGUAAGACCAAGAUCUUCUUCAGAGCCGGCCAGGUGGCCUACCUGGAGAAGUUGAGGGCAGAGAAGUUGCGUGUUGCCUGCAUCCGCAUCCAGAAAACCAUCCGCUGCUGGCUGGAGCGCAAGAGGUAUCUGCGCAAACGCAGCGCCGCCAUCACCGUCCAGAGGUUCACCAGAGGGUACCAGGCCCGCCGCCUCGUCAAGUUCAUGCGUCGCACGCAGGCAGCCACCACCAUCCAGAAGUACCACAGGAUGGUUGUGGAGAGGAGACGCUACCGGCAGAAGCAGGCUGCUGCUCUCGUCGUGCAGACCCUCCUCCGAGCGUACAUGGCCCGGCAGAUGUACCAAUCGUUGCUGCGGGAGCAAAAGGUGGUGAUCAUCCAGAAGCGAGUGCGCGGCUGGUUGGCUCGCUGCUGGUACAAGCGCUGCCUGGAGUCCAUCGUCUACCUGCAGUGCUGUUUCCGCAGGAUGAAGGCCCGGCGCCAGCUGAAGAAGCUGAAGAUCGAGGCUCGCUCAGUGGAGCACUUCAAGAAGCUCAACAAGGGCAUGGAGAACAAGAUCAUGCAGCUGCAGAGGAAAAUCGACGAGCAGAAAGAGAACCAUAAGGUGGUCAAAGACAGACUGGUGGGUAUGGAGACUUCCUUCACGGCGGAGAGCGAGAAGCUGCGUGCAGAGGUGAGCCGGCUGCGGGGGGUGGAGGAAGACGCCAAAACCAAAGGCAUCCGGCUGAACUCGCUGCAGGAGGAGCUGGAGAAGCUGAUGAAGGAGCUGACUACCACUCGGAAAGAGAAGAAGACCAUAGAGGACUGGGCCAAAACCUACAGGGGGGAGAUGGAGAAGAUGGUCUCGGAGCUGAAGAAGCAGAACGGCACCCUGACGAAGGACAACAACGACCUGAACCGGAUGAUUCAGGAACAGAGUCAGCAGAUGACGGACAAAAUGGCUCACGCGAUCGUACAGGAAACCCAGCAGCUCGAGACCGACCUGAAUGAGGAACGGUCUCGUUACCAGAAUCUAUUGAGGGAGCACCUGCUUAUGGAGGAGAAAUAUGACGACCUGAAGGAGGCGAUGGCUUCCUCGAACGCCUCCAAGCCUGGUCACAGGAGAAAAGAUUCCACGCACAGCAGCAACGAAUCAGAGUACACAUACAACUCGGAGUACGCCGAAUUGGAGGAAGGUUCCCGUGCUGCGGAAGAUGUGACUCGGGGAAUAGACACGUCGCUGACCCUGAAGCUGCAGAAGCGCCUCACCGAGCUCGAGCAAGAGAAGCAGUCUCUGCGCAACGAGCUGGAAAACAAAGAGGACCAGUUCCAUCGGGCUAGAGCCAGGGAUGACGUUGAGUUUAAAAAGGCUCGUGGAGCAGAGCUGGAGUACGAGUCACUGAAGCGCCAGGAGCUGGAUUCGGAGAACAAGAAGCUGAAACAUGACCUGGUGGAGAUUAGGCAAAGCCUGCUGGGUAAAGCUGGUCCAGGCGCCGGGGCCCCAGGCUCCCCAGCCUACAAGGUGGUGUUGGAGCAGCUGAACUCCUCCUGUGAGGAGCUGGAGGUCCGUAAGGAGGAGGUGUUAAUCCUGCGCUCACAGCUGGUCAGCCAGAAGGAGGCCAUGCACCACAAGGAUGAGAAGGAAACCAUGACCGAGCCCUCAGUCUAUGCGGAGGAUGUUUCCAAGCUGAAGGACUCUGACGAAAUCAAGCAAGCCUACGUAGGGCUUAAAGACACCAACAGGUUACUGGAGCACCAGCUUCAGACUCAGCGGCGAGGCUACGAUAACGAUGUGGAGUCGUUGCGUGGCGAGCUGCAGAACGUGAAGGAGGACAACAACCGCCAGCAGCAGCUCUUAGCCCAGAACCUGCAGCUGCCUCCAGAGGCCCGCAUCGAGGCCAGCCUGCAGCACGAGAUCACCCGCCUCACCAACGAGAACCUGGAGCUCCUGGCUGAAGACCCCGAAGCAUCCAGAGAGGCUCGAGUCAAGAUUUUACGACGGAUGGUUGACCUAAUGGAGCAGCUGGAGAAACAGGACCGAACCAUCCGCAAGCUGAAGAAGCAGCUGAAGGUUUACUCCAAGAGGAUCGGAGAGAUGGGAGCGGGUCAAACCGAGGGACAGACGUCUCCGGGACAGGUGGUGGAUGAGCCGAUUCAUCCUGUCAACAUUCCCCGCAGGGAGAAAGAUUUCCAAGGGAUGCUGGAGUACAACAAGGAGGAUGAGCUCAAACUGGUCAAGAACCUCAUCCUGGAGCUGAAGCCUCGAGGUGUAGCUGUGAAUCUGAUCCCAGGUCUGCCGGCCUACAUCCUGUUCAUGUGUCUGAGACAUGCCGACUACGUCAAUGAUGACCAGAAGGUCCGCACCCUGCUCACCUCCACCAUCAACAGUAUCAAGAAGAUCCUGAAGAAACGAGGAGACGACUUUGAGACCGUCUCCUUCUGGCUAUCCAACACCUGCCGUUUCUUGCAUUGCCUCAAACAGUACAGCGGAGACGAGGCCUUCAUGAAGCACAACACGACGAGGCAGAACGAACACUGUCUGUCCAACUUCGACCUGGCAGAGUACCGACAGGUGAUCAGCGACCUGGCCAUCCAGAUCUACCAGCAGCUCAUCAAGUGCAUGGAGAACAUCCUGCAGCCCAGUAUAGUGUCUGGCAUGCUGGAGCACGAGACCAUCCAGGGCGUGUCGGGGGUGAAGCCCACGGGUCUCCGUAAGAGGACGUCCAGCAUCGCGGACGAGGGCACCUACACCCUGGACUCCAUCCUGCGGCAGCUCAGCGCCUUCCACUCCACCAUGUGCCAGCACGGCACCGACCCCGAGCUCAUGAAGCAGGUGGUGAAGCAGCAGUUUUACAUAAUCGGGGCUGUCACCCUCAACAACCUGCUGCUGCGCAAAGACAUGUGCUCCUGGAGCAAAGGCAUGCAGAUCAGGUACAACGUAAGCCAGCUUGAGGAGUGGCUCAGGGACAAAGGGCUGAUGGUGUGCGGGGCGAAGGAAACGCUGGAGCCUCUAAUCCAGGCCGCUCAGCUGCUGCAGGUAAAGAAGAAGACCGACGAGGACGCCGAGGCCAUCUGCUCCAUGUGCCUGGCCCUCACCACGGCUCAGAUUGUGAAGGUCCUAAACCUUUAUACACCAGUCAACGAGUUUGAGGAGAGGGUAUCAGUGUCAUUCAUACGAACCAUACAGACUCGUUUGCGCGACCGUUGUGUGAGUCCCCAGUUGUUGAUGGACACCAAGAUGAUUUACCCGGUCACCUUCCCAUUCAGCCCGUCCUCACUUGCCCUGGAAACCAUCCAGGUCCCCAGCUCUCUUAACCUGGCCUUCCUCACACGUGUCUAAACUCAACAGGAAGGCGGAGAAGAUGACGUAGUGGCCACAUGACACUCACUAGCCCACAAAGACUACAAAGAAAAUUAAAAGCGUUGAACACACUCAAAAAUGAACACGAUUUGAGCAGUUAUUUAAAAAAUAAAAAAAAGCUUCUAAUUCAAAACACGGUUUCCAGUAAAAAAUCGCUGGUCUGAAUCUGGAUACUGACACACAAAAAUUAAACCCUCAAACACAACCACAUGCUGAACUCUCAACAUGCAUCUGUACAAAACAUACAUCCUCUGAACGUACACAUGCACGCCUUCACUUCUGUCUCACAAAACACACAGAUGCACUCGCUGGUUUAAAUGUCACCAUCCACUGCUUGUAAAACCGCUUGCCUCUUAGAGAAGCCACAGGGCCAUAUCAAUGCCUCCUCGCGCUCCAUCGAGUCCGUCUUAGUGGACCCCAGCUUCCAGAUCUGUGUGUAAACUCGCUGUAAGAUCUCGUCAUCGUGUCGUUCCCCGGAGAGAAUGUAUAUCGCCACACAAAGGAGUAGAGUCCUCAGAAAGAAAGUAACUUGAUGAGGUUGGUAUGUCGGGUCUCAAAGUGAGUUUUGAGUCCGCAUAUGAAGCUUUGAGUGAUAGCCAUGCUAAAGUUAGCUCUCUCCACCCCCAUGUUGAGUUAACCUGGACCGGCCUUCCUCUCUGAAAACAGUCAAGACAACACAGAACUCAUCGUCUGUACUAUAUCAUUUAUACAUAUAUAAAUAUGAAUAAUAUAUAUAUCGUGUAUUUUAUUUAUUGCAUUUAACUCCGUCCCCACCCUCCCUCUUUGAGAUUAGAAGCUUUCUCCUCCUAUAUAUGAAGGAUAGGAUUCCCGAGAUAAUCGGCUCCAUUGUUAAAUAUUUACGUCUAUCAGGUAAAUGAUGUAGGCCUAGUGUAGUGCCAGCAGAGAUGAUUAUUUCUUAGGUCAAGUCUUAAGUUAACUGUCGCAUUGCCAUGGUUACCCUGCAUUUCCUGCAGAUGAAGUGUAGCACGGGUUUUAACUGAGGAGAGAUUUAGAAAGUUGAAGCUUUGACAAAGGUUUAACCUGCUGCAGUCUGUACUGUUAUGUGACCAGAGCUCAGAGGAAACACUGGCACAAAGAUAUGAAGUCACUCUCUCACACAUUUCUCACUGCUGAAUCACCGAGGGGGGGGGGGUUGCACUGCGUACGCUUUACUCUCUCUUCUCGUCUUCUCUGGUCAAAGCCUGUUUUGUUAUCAUCAAUGUGGAACUAUUUAUUUCAGUAUCAUCAUUUUCUGUUGUGUAUAUCGUGAAGAAGCCAUGUAUCACUGAGCAGACAGGACAGAAAAGGUCUCUUGGGGGUUCGUCUUGGAUGUGUCCAUCUUUACAACAUUUGUAUCUGCUUUAUUCCCACAAAGACCACAAACCGCAGCUUUGGAGAGCGAUUCCUCUCCUCUCUUUUCAUUCAUGUCCGUCCUAUGCCUUCCUGUUCAGCGGCCAAGACAACACAACAUGGGCCUUUUAUUACCAAAAACAACAGAAUAGGUGCAGCUGUUUUCCAUUCCAAUUGCACUGCACGGUUAAAUUAAGGGUUUGCUGACAUUUUCUUUUUGGUGCACGAUAUGUUUUGGUCCAGAUAUCCAGUCAUAUUUAGGACUUUCCUUCAACUAUGAUAUUACACCUCACCUGCUACAACUCAGCAUGGAUACAUUGCUGCUGCUGCCCUCAUACAACCAGCAUGCGCUUUGCUUUACUAGUCAGUAGAAAUACAACUUCAAACUUUUGUUGUUUGUUUCUACAAAGAAACAUCGAUGUAGUCUUCUGAUUGGAGAGUGAGGGAAUCUGCCCAUGUUGUUACAGAAAGUGUUUUGUCUGCGUUCACAUUGUCCUCGCUGCACUUUUUCCCCCCGUUUACUUCCUGUUUUGCCAUUAGUAUUAACAGCCAACCCAAUUUGCCUCUUACCCUCAUGUGAACCUUACUUUGUCCUAAAGGCCUUUCACAAACAUAUUUCACUUUCAUAGAAUGUUUUUUUUUUUUAAAGGUGCUUAAAUAUAUAGGUGGUUGUGAAUCGUCUCCAAAAACUGAACUCGGUACGUUUUAUUGGUUAUGUUUUGUUUCUUCUAAAACCAACCAACAUUCAACCAAAUGUGUUUUGCAUUUGAAAUAUCCGUGAACUUGCUCUUGUGAAGCUACAGUACAUGCUGAGAAAUAUACAUAUUUAAACAUCUUCAAAUUUGUAAGUGGAGUAAAGAGAAGUUAGUGUGUGAAGUUUGUAUUGCACUUGUAUUUGAGAAUAAUUGAAUAUGCUCUCAUUGGGACCACAUGUUAUCAAUCUGCCUUUUUGUUACAUUAUUAGGUGGUUUCAAGUAUGCUUUGUGUAAAGAGUACAUAUCUGUUGCAAGUAAGACGGUAACUGGAAGGAAUUUAUUUAACAUAUGAAUGUUUUAAGUUGUUAAUGAAGUGUUUUAGCUGCACAUUUUUGGGCAAAGCCUUAUUUGAAUAUUUGCUAUCUGAGUGACUAAAACAAAAUCGUCAUUGUGUCACUCCAGGGUUUUUUUCCACUGUAAAAUUAAUAUUAAAUGUGAUAUUUUGUUCUGAUAAGGUGUCCUUUUGGUCAACAGUUAUUGCCACAGGGUUGCACUGUUUUGCCAUUAGUCCAAAAUGCAUUUUUUAGACAUUGCUGAGGAAGACAGAUAAAUAAUAGAUUGACAAGGACUGUAAAAAGAAACACUCCCAACACCUUCCUGCUGAACUGCAACCCAUUAAGCUUCCUCUGCCACAUUCCCUACGCGAGUGGGCGCUUCACUUCCUUAAUCAGUGAUUUAUUUUUGCAGUUUUAUUCAGACUAUGAAAUAUUGCAAGCCACAGGAAGGAAGACACUUGUGAUUUUUGUGGAUGCAGCACCAGCUUUCUCACACUUGCUCAGACUAUCCUUGUCGUCUGACAUAUUAAGAAUAGUUUCAGUGGAGCGUUAGAAAACAUUUACAUUCAUGUGCUUGUAUUGUUGAGCAGCGUUGUUUCCCUGGGCUUUUCUUGGGCUGUCAAACAGAAAUAAGUGUCAUUCCUUCACUCUGCGUUUUUACACGAAGGGGAGAGUUGGUUGUACGAUACGACGUAGACAUUAUAAAUGACCAUUGUUCUUAUCAGCACUAGCGUUGAUUGUGCCAUUUUAAAUAUUGUUAAAAACGAUCAUAAAUCAUCACCUCAGCUGUCGUGGUACCGGUGUGAACACGCUGGUACCAGAUGUUUCCUCUCUGACCCAUGUGUACAAACUGGACUGUUUGUAGUUUCUGGUAGUUGUGCUUAGUGAAUGUGUUCACCGUUAAGAAACUUGGAAUAAAUUGUCAAAUCUGUAAAAGUAAAAAUAAAAGAAUACAGCAUU